AAUUUUAUAAAAAAAAUUGAAACUGGCAAUAUUGCUUAGCUCUGUCAUCUGCCAUUUGUCAUUAAUUUAAAAUUGUGAUUGUGUCAUUUGUUGUCAGUCGCUCCAACUCUCAAAUGGCGUUAGAGGUGCAAUGCGGUGUUUCUACGGAAACGCAAAGACGAGAAUCAUGAUUAAAAUGUACAAAAAAACUUUAAAAAAAUGAUUACAACUGUGAGUUUGUAGUGCUCGAUAAAACUAAUUAUUCUAUUUGGAGUGUAAUAGUAAUUGGUUUAUACUACUUUUAAAUAGUAAUGUUGCGUCGAGUUAACUUUUAUUCAAUAUGUAUAGCGUUCGGUCUCAGCGUACUGUUAAUUCUUGCUGGAAGUCGAUAUACAGAUAAUACUUACUAUCGUCCGUCCCCUGAAAGUCGUCGAAUUAUUGAAAUAAAUAUACCGCAACAAAUUCCUACUAAUCCAUAUGAUGGUUUACCGAAUAUCGACAAUAUAUUGGAGAAAACACGAUUGAAAAUUAAACUUGAGUUACAAAACUAUAAUUUCACUGGUUCUGGUGUGGAAAAGUUAGAAGAUUUAAUUAUAGAAUCAGGAGGGCAACCAAUUAGGAGCAUUAUAAUAUCUACUUGGAGAUCAGGUACCACUUUUCUUGGUGAAGUCCUUAAUUCAGUACCUGGAAAUUAUUAUCACUAUGAACCUCUCCUUAAUUAUGAAAUAAUUCAAAUACGAGGUGCCCCACAUGCUGACAGAGCAUUGAAUAUGAUAACAAAAAUGCUUAAAUGUGAUUAUGAUGGAAUGGAAGACUAUUUUGAAUAUGGGAAAGGGCAUCUACAUCAAUUCAGUCACAAUACAAGAUUGUGGGACCAUUGUAAAUAUAAGAAAGAGCUGUGUUUUGAUGCAGACUUCACAUCAAAGUUUUGUAGACUCUUUCCCUUUCAAAGUAUGAAAGUGGUACGAGUCAGGUUACGUCUUAUGAAACAGUUAUUGGAGAAUAAAGAGCUUAAUAUUAAAGUGGUUUUAUUAAUACGAGAUCCUCGUGGAGUAAUGCAGUCCAGACAACAUCGCAACUUCUGCCAGCCUUCCCCAGACUGUUGGAAGCCAGAACUACUGUGUGCUGAUAUGAUCAGCGAUUAUGUUGCUGCUGGCCGACUGCUGCAAACCUACCCUGAUCGACUCAUAGUGCAGCGUUACGAAGAAUUAGCAUUAGAUCCGAACAACACGACGCCCCGGCUUCUAAAGUUCCUAGGAAUCAACCCGACGACGUCUGUCGAGGAGUUCCUCGUCUCUCACACGAAUGUCGAAGUGUCCGGCGUCAGUUCCACAUUCAGGGUCUCCCGCGAAGUGCCUUUCAAAUGGAGGAAUGUGCUAGAUUACAAUUAUGUAGAAGAAAUACAGAUGGCUUGCAAGGAAGCAUUAAACUUGUGGGGAUAUAAACUUGUCCAGAAUGCAACACAUAUGACCAGCAAGGAUUUUUAUCCUCUAGACAAUUACACCCUCACUCAGUGACUUAUAUUAACUAAGAAAGGAAUUGGUACAAUAUUGUAUGAGAAGAUUGUAAUACGUUUUUUAUAAGAUUAACUUCAUUAUUUAUCUGUCAUGCAAGUUUAUAAGGAUAAUAAUCAAGGAAUUUUAAAAUUCAACUUCGUUUUAAUAUGAGACUAAAGGUACACAUUAAAAGCAUUUACUAUAUUUAUUUCUGAAUAUGGCUAAUCAUAUCAGUAUUAAAUUGAUUUCUGUGUUAACAUUUCGACAUUAAAAAAGUAGUGAAAUUAUUUAUUUUAUUAUAAACACAUUGCAAAAUGACUCUUAUUGUAUUUGUAGUUAAUUUUUAGUGUUAGUAAAUUAUUUGGUAUGUCUGUCUGAACAACCAUAGACGGUGUGUCUGUAUUUUAAAUUAUUUCUUUAUCUGUUACAGUGAUAUAUUUUAUUUAGAUAUAAUUGUAACGUAUUGUACUAUUGAAAAUGUGAUUUUCUUAACAAUUAUUUUCUUCAAGAAAGUUUGAGUGUAACAGUGAUUCUCUUUAACUUGGUAUUUAUCAUGUUGAAGGAUUUAUAAUAGUUAUUAUAUUUAGUUUGUCAUAUUAAUCGACGAUACUUCAAUUAAUAGGGAAUAAGGGAAUAUUCUAAGCAAUUUUUAAGAAUGUAAAUGAAUGCAUCAGGACACUUAGGCCGGUUGCAGAGCUUCACCGACCAUCAGUGCGUACGUCAGUCGCGCUUGUCAUAUGUAUGGAAAUUCAUAAAACCGUUCAUAGCUAGACCGACCAUACGCAUGAGUAUUUUGCUACACACAUCGUACGAGGACCGUCCGCGUCGGUCGUGCGCAUCCGCAUGCGUAGCAUCGGUCGACUGACGCGCUAUGGAAACAAUUUUUUUCCAUUUGUUUCAAACAAAUGAACGCGUUCAGUGCUGUAUCGACCGGUGCACUGACUACGCGCAUGCGUGUAUCGUCGUUGUGAACAUGAACAUCGAUACCAGGUCUGCCCCCCUAGACAAGUGGCUUUCUAUUAGCGUAACGUUUUAUAGAAUAGAUUAUAAAUGUAUGAGAU